UGUCGACCACAAGGGAAGACUAACCUGAAUCAUCUUUCUUAGUUAAAGUUGUAGACUUAAACGUUUAAAUCUUAAGUUCGUUUAAGUAUCGUUUUGCUCUAACAAGAAGCAUAAAGGUGACAGACAUGAGCCUACCUGGAAUUAAACGUACGACAGCGAUUAGUUUGUUCUUUCACACUCCACAAAAUGGAGUCUUGGAUAAGGCGUUAAUAGGCCCGUACACAGGCGGAGCUGCCGAUUCGGCUCGUAUGUCAAUGGAUCCCUUCAAACUAGCAACAGAGGAUGAAGUUGACAACUGCACAGAUGAAGUGGAUGGGUGCUUCAGGCCUUUGAGAUCGGGAAAGAAUGGAGUCGGGAAAGGACUAAAAUUUGAAACUCCGUUUCCACGGAGCACAAACGCAGACGGCUCCUUGCCGACGUCGCCUGACACACCGAUUGGUUUGCCCGACUUCGCGUCAAGCCUUAGUAAACUGGAGAAUCAAACAUUUGAACUGCUUCGCGAUUUUUAUCUGGAAUACCCAGAUCUGUCGAGGCUAAGAAAAAACAGGAUGCUGAAUACAUUGAGGAGAGUCGUUGAAGAUGUGGUUCAAAAGCACAAAAUUGCUUUUAACGGCAUGGUGCAGAAACUGAAGCUGGGUGAACAGCCUGAUGACAUGCAGGUUGUGGGGAGUGUGGCCAAAAGCAUAUUCAGUGAUGGCACCACAAACUGGGGCCGCAUCGCCACUCUGGUGGCGUUUGGUGCACUGGUGAGUCAGCGGUUGAAGGAGGCCAAGCGAGAGAGCUGCGUGGAGAAUGUGGCACUGCAGAUUUCCUCUUAUCUCUCCGCAUAUCAGAGUGACUGGCUGCUGAACAACAAGGGCUGGGAUGGCUUUGUUGAGUUUUUCCACGUGGAGGACCCAGAGUCGGCAGUGAGGAAUGCGCUGAUGGCUGUUGCCAGUGUGGCUGGUCUUGGUGCUGGACUGGCUCUUUUGAUUCGAUGAAUCAGAUUAGAAACAUACAGCCUCUCUGUCGUGACGAGGUCUGGGAGUUGGGGGGGGGG